GUUUUUUUUGGCAUAAUUUAGUAUCGAGCUAGCUUGGUGGUGACUGACUGUAGCGUACAGAGCCAGCUACAGCAUGUCUAGAUUUUGUAUAUUACUAAUACUUGUUUCUGUGAUUUUUGAUUCGACCUUUUCUAUUACGUUCUAUUUACCGGUGAAUCUAAGAAAAUGUUUGCGGGAAGAGAUCCACAAAGACGUGCUGGUUACAGGCGAAUACGAAGUUAGCGACCAACCAAAUGCGAAAACCAAUCUCAAGAUCACAGAUUCAUCAGGUCACACCUUGUACUCCAAGGAGGAUGCUUCAAAGGGAAAAUUUGCCUUUACAACAGAGGACUAUGAUAUGUUUGAGGUUUGCUUUGAAAGCAAAUCCCCCCUAGGUACUGGAAGGGUCCCAGACCAGCUAGUCAAUUUAGACAUGAAGCAUGGUGUGGAGGCAAAGAAUUACGAAGAGAUUGCAAAAGUUGAGAAGCUGAAGCCCCUAGAAGUUGAACUAAGACGCCUCGAGGACUUAUCGGAGUCCAUUGUGAAUGAUUUUGCCUACAUGAAGAAGCGUGAAGAAGAAAUGAGGGACACAAAUGAAUCCACCAACACGCGUGUCCUGUACUUCAGUAUCUUCUCUAUGUGCUGUCUAAUUGGGCUGGCAACAUGGCAGGUCUUCUAUCUGAGGCGUUUCUUCAAGGCGAAGAAGCUGAUUGAGUAAACCCAUCAAUGAAACGAUGACCAUCAUGUUGAGGACUUUUGGGAAAUGGUGUUUGCUGUACAAUUUGUGAAACAAUUGUUUUUUUUUGGAUGGGGGGGUCUCCCUUUACAAUUUAAAUGUAAAAUGAUUUGUCUUCUUUCAGCUUCAGUUUUUUUACCAGCCCCUCAUCUCUGGCACUAUUUGUUUUUAUUAGAAAUACAACCAAAUGUACUUUGAUACAUAUUGGUCUGAUAUUUUCUCAUUCAAUAUUCUUGUUACUAUUUUUGUUGUAGUAAAUGACUAAUACUGUAUGAAAAUAAACAUUACAUGUUUAAUGAGUGCUCAAAAACUCACCUUCAAACAUUCAGAUAUUGUUAGGUGAAAAUAACAUUUCCCCAAUAUGUCAGGUACAUGGUUGUUUUUUAUUAAAAAACGUUUUCACUUUGA